AUGAAAUCUAGAUUCUGUUUUACAUUCCAGAUGUUCCCCGAAGUUCAAGCUUCGCUAAGGUUGGAUAAGAAUGAUUUGGCUGGCAAAACUGUCGCCAUUUUUGAGUCUCAGGAUCGCCUAGGCGCGUUCCUCGUUCAUCAUUUUCUACAAGCAGGUUUGCACGCUCAAGCCCCCGUUAUUUUUGUGGGUGCGGAACAAUCGUUGGGCCAUUAUCACGCCGUGGGAAUGAAAACAGGGUACAAUUUGAUCAAAGCCAAAGACACGGGACAAUUGCAUUUCGUGGAACUGCUAAAAAACCUAGGCCAAAUCUACGGCUCCGACAAGGAUGCCCCAUUGCUGGAUUCUUUGUGGCACGCCGACGGUACCCCGGAUUUGUUCAACCUACACAAUCAUUUAAAAAGCAUCCUCAACAACCUACCACAUCAGUCCCAGUCUCCUAUUCUGAUUAUAGAUAAAAUCUCCCUUUUUUUGGCCUUUGGCGCUACUCCUCAGGCCUUGAUUUGGUUCUUCACCCAUCUUCGACACCUGAUCCUCGCCCAGGGAGGUUCAUUCAUCCUUUUGGCUCGACGAGAUCCGGAUAACCCUCACCAAGAAGCCUUAAGCCACUUCAUCGAGUUCCGCUCAGAUCUCGUGGUUCAAACCUGGCCUUUAUCCACGGGCAAAUCGCCCAAUGUGACGGGGAACUUGGACUACUCGUGGAACUUCCAAGGCCACCAAGGACGAUAUCAAUUCUUUUUGGACGAUAAAACCGUUCGCGUGUUCACCUUGGGCACAAGCAAAGCCGUUUUGUGAUCGGAUUUAUUUUGUUUAACCUCGAAAUAUAUGUAAAAGGCUCCUCAAGA